AUGGCAGCCACCGUGGGAAACCUGCACUGGCUCCAGGAAUGUCUGCAGAAAGCUGAGUCGCCCAACCAAGCCGAUAUCAAUGGCUUCUCAGCCAUCCAUCUAGCAGCUCUACACGGCCGGCUGGAGUGUCUGAAACUGGUAGUCGAAAAGUUUGAGGUUGAUGUGAACUUGGCCAGUCUGACAGGAUGGACACCCAUUCACCUGGUGAUGAACAAGGAGAGUGGCCCCAGGGCACUGGAGUGUUUGCAGUACCUCAUUGGAAAGGGGGCAGACAUCAAUAUUCAGAACCAGGGCGGAACGUCGCCACUUCACAAGGCAGCCAGUGAAGGACGCCUCAACUGCAUCAUUGAACUGGUCAAGGCUGGAGCUGAUGUCCAUGCCAAGGACGCAGAGGGGCAGCAGCCCAUUGACCUCUGCAGGAUAUGGGCCCACAGGAGCUGUGCUAGGUACCUGAGUGAUGCCAUGUGGAAAAUAGACAAGCGCAAUUUUGCACGUGAAAUGCAGAAGCUGAACCAAAUCAAAAGUAAAUGUCAGCGCUCUGAACAAAACUUCUGGAAGCUAGAGAAGUUCUGUGUGUGUUUAUUACAGAGGGAGCAGGAAUUGUUGAAUACAGUGGCAUUUUCUAACUGGCUUAGACAGAAGCAGCAACAGCAGUUGCCUGGCUCUGCUAAAAGGAUGCAUUUUCCCGAGGACAGAGCGAAGCUGGAUGCUGUCCCCAAGAAGGAAGUGGCUAAAGUACCUCCUGGAGAAAAAAAAAUCAGCGUACAGGCCAAGCGUAGGGCUAAGGUUAAAGGGGAACCUAAUUUAUCUGCCACUGCUCAAGCCCCCACUACGAAAUCACAGCGAGCUUGGAAUGGCAGCGUCAAUCCAUCCUCUCCUCUGGUGACAAACAUAUUCCGACCUACAACAGUCCGGCUGGGCACCAACCCUGAGGCCUGUGGGGAUCACGACUUCAGCUCCUUCUUGUUUCUCUCCAAGGACUCGCAGGGCCAGCCAGUGAUUGAAAUGGCUUACAAUGGCAGACUCUCCCCCGUCCCCAGCCUGCCCUAUGAAGUGAUCAAGAGGAACCUGUUCCCCCAUGCUCGGCCCAUCAGAGUAACGAUGCCGCAGGGAUUUAAACCCACGCACAUCUUCAAUGUGAAAAGGAAGCGGCUCCCCAGCCUGGAGCACCGGUGGACGGACGAAAUGGCUGUGAGCUUGCGGGAAACCCUGGACCCAGCAUUCAGAGCUACGCUAAAGGCUCACCUCUCUGCAAUCAACCACAGCAGCUAGAACUUCCAUCUGCAAAACCAGGGCUUCAUCCUGCGAGGCGCUGAGCCCACUCCAACUCCCACUGAUUUCAGUGAAGAGCAGAGGGUGCUCAGCGCCUCAAUGGAUCAGCCCUCAUACGGAUACCCUCCCCCCACUUCCAUGCUGCCUUUUUCUGACUCUUGGCUUUUGAAUAUUCAGCUUAAAAUGGCUUUGACUGGCAUAACCCAGCUAUGUGACUACCUGAGCUGGAGCAGGUAAGGGGUCGGUAUCACUAACACCUGAAGUGCCUUAUGAUCGUAAGAGAACUAGCCAGGAAAACGCUAGCUCAAAGAUAUCAGCCAUUUAAACUAGGACGUGCAUUAAACCUACUGCUCUUUGUGCUAAAGCCUUGUGUCCUUGCUCACCAAUACAACCGAAUUCCGGGUGUUUUGGGAUUACUGGGCUGAUGUCUCCAGAACCUCGCUUCUUCCACCAGACCAGUAACGACACCACAGCAGCACAGAACCUGAUGGGGAGGACAAGCCCCCGAGUGCCAAGGAUUUUCUGCCCAACAAAUUCCGAGCUCUCCUACAGAGCCCAAGACCCACAUGCUCUCUCUGCUUCUUGGCACCACGCUGGCAGUGGGGUAUGGGCCCUGGCUAAACUUUCCCUCCCUGCUAUAAAAAGAUAUGCUCAGACGCAGUUCACAGCAGGGGUAAAAGAUCAGGCUGGAUUGAACCGAAAACAUGGCAGGCAAAGCCUAUGCUGCCUUCCUUCGGAGUAUCCAUCGCACCCAUGGAUUAAAGAGAGCCCACGCAGACCUGGGCCCUAUUUCUCUGCAUUUCUUUGGCGUCAUAACCUCAGGUUUCAUUUUCAAACGUAGUCUCUCUAACCC